CUCCAUAUAAACUUUUGGUAGAGCAUGAAAAGGACGUCUUUAAUAGCGCCGUGUAUUGCAGCACAACGCCUCUGUUAUUUAAGCAGAGGCAAGCGGUGGCCUCACCCUUCCGACGGUGCCGCAGCAACACGGUGCACGACUCGUCUGUUCCGAGCCGGCGGCGAGUCUCGCAAGUGUAUAAAGUUGUGCAACAACUGUCUGGGUCACCUGCGUCCAUACGCUGGAGGCAGGCCUGCAGCAAGCGGCCAAAAGUUCAGACAACAUGUGAGCGCCGCCCCCCAGCCUGCCCGGGAGGCUGCCACACAGGUCUAAAAGAAGGACAGAGGGGGUGAGGCGGGGAGGUGAUGGGGAGGUGAGGACGAACGGAGGCCAAAGCGAUUGGCGGGGCGGGGCGGGUCAGCCACAGUCAACAAUACUCUUUCUCGGUGACCUGCCUCGGCGAGGGCGGAGCCUGGCCGUGACCCCUAUAAAGGUAGGGAAAGGCCGGCGGGCAACGCACACCCGCCGCCCCUCCGCCCACAGCAUGCUGCGCGCCCUGCUCUACUGCUGCCUGGUGGGCCUGGCCCUCGCCAGCCACUACGGUGCCCCGCAAGAGUCAUGUGAGCCCCGCCACGACACCCUCACCGUCACCAGGACCAGCCUGCUGGCCACGCACCAGCCCGUGACGCAGCUUGACCUUCAGUACGACCACCAGACGGCGGUGGUGACAAACGUGCUGCUGGUGCCCAACACGGUGGUGACGACCCAGACGGUCACCUUCUUCCCCGCCCCGGAGGUGGUGACGCACACCAGCCUGCUCACCGCCACGGACUACCUCACCACCUUCGUCACCCACGUGGCCACGGCCGUCGCCACGCAGACGAGUCACCUGGUGGCCACAGCCCAAGAGGUGCAGGAGCAGGUCAUCACCCAGACGGCCGUGGUGGACGAGAGCGUCACCAGCACCCUCACCAUCACCAGUCAGGUCACCGCCUUCGAGACGCUCAUCGCCACCGACACCUUCAACACCUUCGUCACAAUCACGGACACCGACACCUUCAUCGUGACGGAGACGACCUUCCAGACAGAGCUGCACUACGCCACGGCCACCGUCACCAGCCUCACCGAGCACACCGUGGACGCCACCGUCACCGUCACGGAGCUCGAGUACGUCACCAAGUGUCCGCAGCCCAAGAUCACCUACAACCACUAGCCGCGUCGCCGCCGCCGCCCAUCAAUACAAUAAAGAUAUCAACUGUCACAUCGCCUUUAAUGUUAAACCCCUAACCAAACUUUUUUCCAGGUGCGCCACAUGAUGAACUUACACUGUUCAUCCCCGGCACAGCGAGGCGAGGGCCGGAGCAGUAAAUGGUAAAUGGUCUGUGAAAGGCAAAACUCAACACAGCCAGCACACGAGGGAGGCGGAGGGGCGGGGGAAAGAUGACAAGGCUAUAAU